AUGCCAGUGUAUUACACUAGCAAGCACCUCCUCGACGCGAAUGCGAGGUAUCCCCAGAUGGAAAAGCUCGCCCUCGCGCUAGUUGUGACAGUGAGGAAGUUGCGGCACUACUUCCAGGCCCAUGGCAUUCAGGUCUUGACUAACCACCUACUCAGCCAGUUCGACAUCGACUACAAACUGCGGACUGCCAUCAAGGGCCAAGCCCUGGCAGACUUUGUGGCAGAGUUCAUAGGGUUACCGGACAACGUUGAGAAAGCUGACAAAUCACCGCGAUGGAAGCACUACGUUGACGGGAGCUCCAACGACAACGGCAAUGGGGCAGGGCUGGUAUUACACACACCUGAGGCACACAAGAUCACCUCGGCCAUCAGGUUUGAAUUCCCCGCAUCUAAUAACGAAGUCGAAUACGAGGUGCUGCUGGCUGGACUCCGAUUAGCGGGGAACUUGGACAUCUUUAGCGAUUCACAACUUAUUGUAUAUCAAAUGAAGGGCCAAUACCAGACCCGGGAUGAGAAAAUGGCCGCGUAUGUGAAGAAGGUCAAAGAAGCCCUGAGGAGGCUCACGGCCUACGAUAUACAGCAAGUGCCAAGAGCAGAUAAUAGCAACGUCGACGCCCUUGCCAAGUUGGCGACGUCGAGAGAUGUCGAGCUCUUGAACCUGGUUCCCGUGGAGGUCUUGAAAGCCCCGACCACGGAAAAGAGGCCCGAGGUCGUGCCGGUGGAUUAUCAGCCGAGCUGGAUGGACCCAAUCAUCAGGAGGUACUCGACGCCCUUGCUCAGGUGCCUCGGCACAGGAGAGGCAACGAGAGUGCUGUCUGAGGUGCACGAUGGGAUAUGUGGGAACCACGCGGGGGGACAGUCCCUAGCCUACAAAAUACUUCGGCAAGGGUAUUACUGGCCAAGUCUCAAGAAAGACGCAGCCGAGUACGCGAAGAGGUGCGAGAGCUGCCAGAGGUUUAGUGUGCCGCAUUCUCUCGUCUCUAACAACGGGAAACAGUUCAAUAACGACAACACCAGCCAGUUUUGCCUACUAGGAAUCCACAAGAAUUUUUUCUCCGUCGUAUACCCCCAGUCCAACUGGCAGGUUGAGGCGGUCAAUAAGAUAAUCCAAGUCACGUUCAAACGACGCCUCAACGCUUACAAAGGGAAAUGGGCCGAUGAGUUGCCGAAAGUGUUGUGGGCCUACAGAACAACGAGCAGAACUACUACGGGGGAAACCCCUUUCUCGAUGGCAUACGGGGUCGAGGCAAUCCUUCCAGUCGAGGUGUCCAUCCCGACCAACCGGGUAACCCGGUACGAGGAGGAGAGGAACACUGAGCUGAUGGGCUUGGAGCUCGACCUCCUGAAAGAACGGCGCACGGACGCAGAGCUAAGGCUCGCCGCUUACCGGGCAAGAACUGCUAGGUAUUAUAACAAGAAGGUCAAGCAAAAGCGCUUCGGGGUCGGAGACCUAGUCUUAUGGGUGGUAACCCCCAACACCAAACCCAAGAACUCCGGAACCUUGGGCCCAACUUAG